AUGAACAACCACGCCCAAGACUCCGUGGUCAACGGACCAGAGUUCAAGGACGAGAAAGCCUCUGACAUAUCGCCAACCCCGCCUCUCAAGGUAGAGGAUGUCGAACAAAAUGGAUCAAUGGUCGAGAUUGAUGCAGCCACUGAAGCAAGACUAUUGAGAAAGCUGGACAUUCGCAUCGUACCCAUGAUCUGCUGGAUCUACUUGAUGAACUUCAUGGACCGAGUCAACAUUGGCAAUGCUCGUCUUUACGAAAUGGAGGCAGAUCUUGGUAUGGACCCAAACACCAACCAAUUCCAGAUUGCAGUAUCUAUUCUAUUCGUCACCUACGUCAUAUUUGAGACACCUUCGAACCUCAUCUUAAAGCGAAUGAAGCCGGCGCGGUACCUAGCCGGUCUGAUGUUUAUGUGGGGCUUAGUAGCCACAUUCUCAGCCUUUGUCACCAACUUUGCUGGGCUCGUAGCUUGUCGCCUUCUCUUAGGCAUGUUCGAAGCAGGUCUAUUUCCGGGCGUCAUUCUCUACUUGAGUAUGUUCUACAAUCGGCGCAAUGUCAGUCUGAGGCAAGCGUGGUUCUAUGGCACAUCUGCACUAGCAGGUGGAUUAGGGGGUGUCGUUGCGUAUGCUAUCGGUGAGAUGGAUGGCGUAGGUGGUUGGAAUGGAUGGCGCUGGAUCAUUGUCAUUAAUGGUAUCCCAACCGUCCUAACCGCCAUUGCUGUACCUUUUGUCCUUCCGAACAGCCCAGAGACCGCGAGUUUUUUGACCGAAGAGGACCGACGAAACCUAGUCUUGCUUCGCAUGAGGGAGAUUGGCCAGACGACAGCCGGUCAAGAGUUACUGAAAGAAGAUGUUAUGAAGGGUGUAAAAGACUGGAAGGUAUACGCCUACGCCGUCGCUCAAUUUGUUGGGCUUGGCAUGCUUUACAGCUUCUCAGUGUUCCUACCCACUAUUAUCAAUGGCCUUGGAGGCGGGUGGAAUCGCCAGGUGGUUCAGGCUUUGACUAUUCCUGUAUAUAUUGCCGGGUUCAUCACCUACGUCGCAGGGGCCUACUACAGUGAUAAGACUCAAAACCGAGGCUUGUUCUGCAUCGCCGGGCUUACUGUCAGCAUGAUUGGAUACAUCUUCCUCAUCGCUAACAAAGGGCUUGGUCUCAGCUUCGCCGGCUGCUUCAUCGUCGCUCUCGGUUUAUGGGUAGCCACCGGUAUCGCCUUCUCCUGGAUCGGCGUGAACAACCCGCGAUAUGGGAAGCGAGCCUUUGCCAGCGGUAUGCAAAUUACCAUCGGUAACUGCUCAGGUGUUGUGGCGCCUUUCUUGUACGCCGCCGAGGACGCUCCUGAGUUUACUGCUGGCUACGGAGCGACCAUCGGACUGCUGGCACUUGGUAUCGCCAUCUAUGUUGCGCUGCAUCUCUACUUCCGGAUGAAGAACCAACGCAAGCUUUCUGGUAAAGAGGAUUGGAGGAUCGAGGGGAAGACUGAGGAGGAGAUUGCGGAGAUGGGCGAGGAUAACCCGAGCUACACCAUAGAACCUACAGAGCACCAAAACGAGCUCUUUGGUGCAACGCACGAUACAAAGCUUCGAGGAACAAAUUGCGACGAGAUGGAGCCAGUAGAACGCAAGUACGACGACUUCAAUUCUCUGAAUCGCCAUAGUAGUAGGCACAGUUCAUCGUCAAGCCAAACUACAGUCCUAUCAGACAGAUCCAGCUCUACACGGGCAGCUGAUCAGAAGGAAGAACCGGAUCCGCAUGACAAACCAUCCACCGAAAAGGAGGAGAAUACUGAGGUAGAUGACACCGAACGUCAGUUUGACAGUGGGUAUGAAGGAGGUGAAGAGAGUCAAGGGGAAGGAAGUGAGACGUCUAGUCACACAUUAGGACGGUCGGAGGGUUCCAGCUGUACUCUGGGACGAGUCAAGGAUGAGGACCAUGACAUGAAGAGUGGUGAGAAUGGGGACGAGCACACGAAAGAAGUGAUCAUCAUCGUCGAAAUGGAGGGUAUAGACUCUUUCGAAGGUCGCAUCGCCAAUUUACUUACUAUGGCGAUAGCAAUGGGUGAUCACCGCCGCCUUCUGUCUGUAGCCCUCUCCCAGAAGCAAUGGCAGUGGACAUGCAAUCUCUUAGCAUCGGAACGUAUCUCCGCGCCAAUGGUUCAUCCCACGGAGCAGAAGCGGAAGCGCGAUUUGUUCCUUUCGGGUAGGAAGCAUGGCACUGUGACCCAGACGGUGCUUGUGAAGCAGAUGACAAAUGGCUCGGCGGCUACACAGGCCAGUGGAGGGGCCUUCUGA